UGGAUAGACCGGGUUCAGCUUGGACAGUUGGUUGGCGUGCGGGGAGGGGUGGGGGUGUUAGCGAGACUAUAAUAGAGGCUGGACUGUAGAAAAGAGGCUGGGAUGACCUACAUGAAGCACUUGGGGCAUAUUGUGGCGCGAAAGUCAAGAUGGAGGACGAAAUUGAGCAGUUUAUUGCCAUCACGGGGGCUGAUCGACAGGAUGCUGGGCGUAUUCUUGAAGCUUGCAAUGGAAACAUCGAGUUGGCGAUAGAAAUGCACUUGGACUCGGGUAUAGCCACCACAGCUGUACCAUCAAAUCUCACCGACUCAGGCCCUACAAAUCGGCCUAACGACUCGUCGGCGACACUCCCGGACGUAAUCCAGAAUACUGAGUCAGAUAGCAGCUCGUCUGUUGGAUUUGAAGGAGGAAGUGAUCAAGUCAGAGCGCCAAUACCUCAAGUAAGGGCAGUUUUGGUUGAUGAUCCAUAUCAUGCACUGCCAUUACCAAGAUCAAGAGCAAGACAAUCAAACAGAUCAGUUUUUGAUGCUUUCAGAGACUUUCAAGCUGAAGCAAGAAGGCAAGAAGAAAUACUCAAUAGUGGUAAUGAUUCACCAUUGGUAGUAGCAGAGUCACCAGGAAGCUCAAAUUCAGUCAAAACCUUGCAAGAUCUCUUUCGCCCUCCUAUUGACAUUACCUUUAAAGGUACCUUUGAAGAGGCAAAAGAAGCUGGUAAACUGCAAAGCAAAUGGUUAUUAGUAAACAUACAAGAUGUAAAAGAAUUUUCCUGUCAAACCUUGAACAGAGAUGUUUGGAGUAAUUCUUUAGUCAGAGACUUAAUUGCAGAACAUUUUAUUUUAUGGCAGGUUUAUCACGACAGUGAGGAAGGACAACGAUUUAUGAUUUAUUAUCCAGUGAAAAGAUUUCCAAACAUAUCAAUAAUUGACCCAAGAACUGGUGAAUGUCUAACAGUUUGGGAAACGUACGACAAAAUUGAUUCUCAGCUCUUUUGCGAUUUAGUUACACAGUUUUUAAUUGCGCACCCGGAUCUUAUUAGUGAAAAUGAAUUUCCUCCAGAAAAAAGACAAAAGACAGAUCCUGUCUUUGAGAAGUCAGAAGACCAACAACUAGCAGCUGCAAUUGCUGCCUCUUUGCAGGAGGACAGCCACAGUGGAAGGUCGGAAACCAUCGAGGAAAGUGAUAACGAUAAAGAUGAAGAUAUCGAGUCGUUUGAAUACAGCGACGACGAAAGCUGUUCCUCAAAACUUAAGCGUGGCGAUGAUAGAGCAUCCAUUAAUAGUGAAAUUAACCAAUGCGCGAAUAAAUUUAAAGCCAAUAGUCUUGACAAAGGUAAUCUGGAGUCGUCGCGUUGUAAUGUUGUAGAGGAAGGAGAAGAUGUUUCAAAAAUUACAGGACCCUGCACGAAACUUAUGCUUCGUCUGCCUGAAGGGAAUAGAAAACAAAUUCAAAUGUCUGCUGAUGCAACACUUAAGGAAUUACAAGACUAUAUAGCAUCUAUUGGCUUUCCAAGUAAAGAUUAUGAAAUAGUAGUGAACUUUCCACGUAGAAAUCUCACUGACAUAGACAAUUCAAGAACUUUGAAAGAGGAAAAGCUUUUUCCUCAAGAAACUAUAUUUGUCCAGGAGCGGUGAGAUGAUUGCAAUAAGCCUAGUUAAUAUCAUUCGACGUUAAAGCUUUCUUAGGUCUUCAACUGACCGUUAAUUAAAAUCUGUUACUUUUUCAAUUUUCUAUGUUAAAAUGCGCUGUAAAUAGUUUCAACGUAUAGAUAAAGAUGUCAUGGAAAAUGGUUUAAACAAAAUUCCUGAAUUUGC